GGCGAGGUCCUGCAAAGGUAACCUGCAAAGGUAGCCUGCAAAAGAAGAAGCAACGCCACAAAGCGGGCAGCAGAUUGAAAGGAGAACACGCGCUGGCGACAGCCAUGGCUGCAAGUGCUCGGAGCGCAGAGGACGUCCCCAUUGUCCCCGUCUACUCAGCGGGGGACGCAGAGGAGGAGGUGGAGUUCAAGCUGGACAACGAUGCCACGGCUUUCUCGGAGCAGAACGCUUACUUCCUCGCCAGGAUGUCCGACCUCUGCUACCAAUCAAAGGACGAGGUUCGGAGCGCCUUGGAGACCCUUUCCUUCUGGGGGAAGGGCGCCGCAGCCGGUGACAACUUUCAGUGGUUUGAGGCUAACGAUGAAGUCGUCGAUAGAAGUUCGUUUGAUCCCAUCCACGACACCGAGGCCUUCGUUGCGGCCAACGACGGAGCGAUAGUGGUGGCGUUCCGCGGCAGCAGCGGGGGAAGGGACUGGCUGACCAACUUCAGCAUUCUCCCGAGGGACAUCCCCAAGGAUUGGAAGCUCGAGACAACCGAUGGUGACCUGCACCGGGGCUUUGAUGAUGGCGUGAACACGGUAUGGAAUCCCGGCCCCGGCCACCCCGAAGGCAUGCUUGCCGUCAUCAAGAGGUUCUACCACGAGGAGGGCAGGAGCCGCAAGCUGUACAUCACGGGGCACUCUCUUGGAGGCGCCCUCGCAACGAUCGCCGCGGCCCGCUUGGUGUUCGUGGACGACUUAAACGUGGCGGCGCUGUACACCAUCGGUUCCCCAAGGGUUUUCGACUCGGAGGUGGCCGCCAUUUUCGACUCCAAGACUAACCACGGCACCCGCAUGAAGGACAAGUACUUCCGCUGCAGGAACAACAACGACAUCGUCUCGUGCAUCCCUCCUUCUCCUUACAAGCACGUCGGCACGGAGGUCUACUUCGACCGAUUCGGUGCCAUGAGCACCCACAACCUGCUUGACCGCCUCCUCGGCCGGUGGAGCGCGCUGCUGAGGUUCUCCUUCAUCGACGGCGUCAACGACCACUCGCGCUCGGAGUACAUCCGGCUCUUCGAGCAAGCAGUGGUUUCUUCGAGGCUGUCUCUCCUGGUUAAGACCAGGAGCGUGGUCGUCGACGCGGUGCAGAAGGUCAUUCCCGUGAACCAAAAGGAAGUGAAGGUGAUGCAUGAAAAGGUUGAGGCCGCAAAGCAGGCGGCCUUGGAAGCAUCAACCUCGGAGCAAGAGUUCGUUCCUGAGAACAUUCCCGAACACCUUGUGCAACUUGAGGAUUGAUAACGAAGAUCCUCCCACCCCAAUACCCCCCGGCAGGCGAAGGGGGUGUUCACGAAUGUUUCGACGUAUGUAUGCAUAUAUAAGGGCUUGUGUCCCUUGCUCUAUGGCUACACACUCGAGUUUUUCCGUGGUUGGCGUUCGCUCCACCCAUUCAACAAGUCGGCAUUUCCACGUGCCUGACGAUGGAUGAAAUCCUACCGUUGGUCGUUGGCAAGGGAAGGAUAGGUGGGUUCAGUGCAGGUAUUAUUGCCGGUGCCCGGUGCUUGAACAAUCGAUAAAGUGAACGCUACCGCUAUUUGCGCAGCAUCUGUAGGAGAUUCGCCCUCCCGAAGAAGCUUAUAUGUUGGACCCACGGAAAUUGGUGUAAAGGGCAUGGGGAGAUUGAUCAGUGGAAAUAGAAGCAUUCGGGAUGCAUGUAGUGGAGUAUUUGGAAUCGACCUGUGCAUUCCUCGUGGCUGAGAUGGCUUAAGCGAAAAGGAAGGUUUCGCGUUUGCACACUGGACCUGCAAUAGUUUUACCACUCUCUCGAGACUUCUCUCUGUUGCUGCUCUGUACAGAGUAUGAUCGAUUUGUUUACUUUUCUAAUAGUACCGCCGCGUUGUAAAUUUGUCUCGUAGUAAGUUAAGGCUUUUGGCGUUGUGGUCAGCUAUUUGGCGAGGUGUAUUGGACUUCGUAUCCUGCGGGACUUGAAGCUUUACAAUACCUUGGAGCUCGAGAGACUUUCUAUCGAGGGAAGAGGCGGUUCCCAUACUUGUUCUCUGCGCGGUAAACGCAGAAAUCUAACCUAGGUUGACCGUACUUGCAGUAGCUCUCUAGUGUACGGUGGCUUGCAUUCACGGGCCGACUCGAGUCGCUUUGUUGCUGUCUUAGCAAGAAAGAGAUCCGGUACCUUGUGCAAGUUUAUCAAAUCUAUGGAUAUCCCCCAACUUCUGAAAGGGGACGUGUGGUCGUUGUUGUUUUACGUUCUUCUUGCACGCUUUCCUGUGGUGGUGAGUCAAACAUUUCUAUACAUAUUGUCUAUUAGUGAAGAGAGCACUUCGCUGUUGCAAAGCCUGUCAAUGGUCGAUAUAGUUUGUGAUACGUGCAGCGUAGUAGUACCUGUGGAUCGGUCGUUGGAGGCGGUAUCUUGUACGGUUGCUUAGGUUCUAUGUCGGAUCAGGUUGCGGAUGAUGCCUCUGCCUUCCUCCUUGCAACCAAUUGCAACCAAUUCAUCGCGUAUCCAUGUCUUCCCAUAGACGAACAAAAAAGAAACUGAAGUGGAGGAGUAUUAUUGCGUUGGCUUGGCUUCGUGCGUGGAAUGGGAGCGUGGUCUGCCAAUCCCCUGUGUCCGGCAUCUCCGCUGCUGCAAAGGGUCGUUGGAGGCGGUAUCUUGCACGGUUGCUUAGGCUCUAUAUCGGAUCAAUUUGCAGAUGAUGCCUCUGCUUUCCUCCUUGCAACCAAUGCAUCCCGUAUGCAUGUCUUCCCCA